CACCCACUCACUUUCCAUUCUCUACCUCUCUACCCCCAAAAUAAAUAAAUAAAUAAAUAAAUAAAUAAAUAAAUAAAUAAAUAAAUAAGACACAAAGCUCAACAGCAAUCUACAAUCCAAAGCUCCACCCUCCUGUUUGUCUGAGGAGGAAGAUGAGAGGGCUAAUGGGUGUGUCUGGUAGGCUUGUGGAAGCCAGGCAUAGAUUAGCUGGAACAACUCAUGUUGAUGCAAGCAAAAGAAGAUCGUUUAGGAGCGGUGAUUUGAAAGAAACCGACAAGUCUAUGGGCUCACCAGAAAGGAGUUCAAGCUGCAAGAUUCAUUCCUUAAAGCUUGUUCUAGGAAUUAUUAUAUUUGGCACCCUUCUGAUGCUUUUUCACUGUCCAGCAGCUUAUCAUAGCGAUAAUUCAAUGAAUGUUGGUUCUCGGUCCAAGAUUGUAGAUGUUGGAUGGAUAUGGGAGAGAACAACUCCUGAUUCAAGAUAUGUUUCAGAUUUAGAUAUUAAUUGGGUUGAUAUUUCAAAAGUCAUCCAGAAACUGGAUGGUAGAAGAGGAAAACUAAAGAUUGGCUUACUAAAUUUCAAUGUAACUGAGGUCAAUUACUGGCAGCAACUGUUAACUCGGUCCGAAUCUACUAUUGUGCAUUUAGACCAUGCUAACAGCAGUCUUACAUGGGAAGAAUUAUAUCCUGAAUGGAUUGAUGAGGAAGAGGAGUCUGAAGUGCCUACUUGUCCUCAUCUUCCGAAGCCUAAGGUCCCCGGUAGGCCACAAUUUGAUCUCAUUGCUGUUAAGCUUCCUUGUGACAAGUCAGGGAACUGGUCGAGGGAUGUUGCUCGGUUACAUCUGCAGCUUGCUACUGCUGAACUUGCCGCAGAAUUUGUGAAUGUUAAGCGCUCUGUUCAUGUGCUACUUGUUACUGAUUGUUUUCCGAUCCCAAACCUCUUCACAUGCAAGGACCUUGUCAAGAGGGAAGGAAAUGCUUGGCUAUACAGGCCUGACACUGGAGUGUUAAUGGAGAAGCUUAAGCUUCCAGUUGGAUCAUGCAAGCUCUCACUUCCUCUUAAAGCAGAAGUGCGGCCAUACUCUCAGAAUGUAUACAGAGAAGCUUAUGCAACCAUACUUCACUCGGCAAAUGUGUAUGUCUGUGGAGCCAUUACUGCUGCGCAAAGUAUUCGGCUAUCUGGAUCAAAAAGGGACCUUGUAAUACUUGUGGAUGAAACGAUAAGUGAGCAUCACAAAGAAGGCCUUGAAGCUGCAGGGUGGAAGAUAAGGACAAUCCAGAGGAUCCGAAAUCCAAAGGCAGAGCGAGACGCAUACAAUGAGUGGAACUACAGCAAGUUCCGACUCUGGCAGCUUACCGACUAUGAUAAGAUCAUAUUCAUCGAUGCUGAUCUUUUGAUCUUGAGAAACAUAGAUUUCCUCUUCACCUUUCCAGAAAUUACGGCAACAGGCAACAAUGGUACUCUAUUCAACUCUGGCGUGAUGGUCAUUGAACCUUCCAAUUGCACUUUCCAUUUACUAAUGGAUCAUAUCAAUGAGAUCGAGUCUUACAACGGCGGUGAUCAGGGUUACUUGAAUGAGAUUUUCACAUGGUGGCAUCGUAUUCCCCGGCACAUGAACUUUCUAAAGCAUUUCUGGAUGGGCGAUGAGCAAGAAAUAAAAGAUAUGAAGACCAAGUUGUUUGGGUCAGAGCCACCGGUCCUCUAUGUUCUUCACUACCUCGGCAUCAAACCGUGGCUCUGCUACCGGGACUACGAUUGCAACUGGAAUAUCGACAUCUUACAAGAGUUUGCAAGUGAUGUUGCUCACGCAAGAUGGUGGAAGGUGCACGACACAAUGCCGGAAUACUUGCAGAACUUUUGUCUUCUAAGAUCGAAACAGAAAGCGCAGUUAGAGUGGGAUCGAAGGCAAGCCAAGAAAGCAAACUACACAGACGGUCACUGGAAGCGCAACAUAACCGAUCCCCGGCUUUAUACUUGUUUCGAAGAGUUCUGUUUCUGGGAGAGCAUGUUAUGGCAUUGGGGUGAUCCUAAUUGGUCUGAUAAUCAACCUACCAGUAGCACCCCAACUCUUCACCAUUUGUGAACUCCUGCUUUUUUCAUACCCUGUAAAGUUGGAAAAUUUUUAAUGUUUCACCGGCACAUUCUUUUCAAUCAAUAGCAUAUUUCUCUCA